UGAAAUCCCGCGGGCUCGCUUCUUCUUUUUCUUGAAAAGGGAAACGCUUCUGAUUGACGCAGGUAAUUGGCAACACCUGAGCGCGCUGAUCUGCGGCGACACUUGCUCCGCUUUCCUCGAGCUCUCUCCCCGCAGAGAGUCUCUCUUGCUUUCGUCAGACCGGUUUUCUGUUUUUAUGAUGGAAAAACAAAUGCUGUUGUCAGCGGCUGUUGGUUGUUUCCGUGCUCUGUUGCUCCUGAUUCUGGUGUGCUGCAGCCCCCCGCUGGUUAGCCCCUCCGAUGCGCUGCACAACCUGAGCGCCCUGACCUACCCGUACAGCAGCAUCCUCUCCCCGCUGCUCAAAGCCCUUUCAGAGCACGGAGGGAGCAGGUGGAGCUUGGACGUGAGGAAAAAGGUGAAACCCGAGCACAGAUACGUGAAAUAUCUGACGGAGGUUUACAAGAAGUCAACCAGGAUGCAGAGGAGCGUUGAUGGAGGUGAGGUUUACAACACCAUCAGGCUGAUCAAGCCCCAAGAUGAAUGUCCUGCACAAAGCAAUAAAGAAAGUUUUACACAGGAUUUGUCCUACAGCCUUGAACAAGUAAGAAGAAAAGAGCAGCUCCUGAAGUCAUCCCUGCUGUACAGUUUCAACCUCAACAACCUGGCAGCUGUCAGCUCUGUGUGUUACCUGAGCAUAAAGAAGCAUGAGCAGGCCAACCAGUGCCAGCUGUGUGCUGGGAUUUCUCAUACCCUGAACCUCACAGACAGCACGCAGAAGAGGCGGCGCAGAAACUGGGUGGAAGUGGAUGUUACCUUGUUUCUUCAACCUGUACAAAAGAGGAGUGUAGACCUUCUUGUUAACAUCUCCUGUCCUGAGGAGCAAAGAGCUGGGAGCAAUGGUUUCAGAUCUCCUUUUGGGUUCACCCUGAGGUCUCCUUCUCUGAUUCUAUAUCUCAAUGACACAAGCAAAGUCGUCCACCAGAGGUCCCUGGUGAGUUCCAGUGCAGAUCUAAGGUCACCCACUGCGUUAGACACGUUUCAGAAGCAAGUUUUCAAAUCGGCACAAAGGCAUGGACAGAAGAGGAGGUGGAGGAGGGCAUCUCCGAAGAGCAAGCGUGGAGAUAAAAGCUUAGACAUGCAGCUGCCUGAGCUUAAAUCCAGCUCUGAAUUCCCAACCACAGACUGUGCCUUGUAUGACUUCAGGGUGCGAUUCAGUCAGCUCAAACUGGAUCACUGGAUUGUUUUCCCACCAAAGUAUAACCCUAGGUACUGCAGAGGCAUCUGCCCAAGAACCAUGGGCUUCAUCUACGGUUCCCCCGUCCACACCAUGGUGCAAAACAUCAUCUACGAGAAGCUGGACUUCUCUGUUCCCAGACCGUCGUGCGUUCCGUCCCAAUACAGCCCCCUCAGCGUCAUGAUUUUUGAAGAAGAUGGCUCCUACGCCUACAAGGAGUUUAAGGACAUGGUUGCUACCAGGUGUACGUGUCGCUGAACCAUCAUGACUGCUCCAAUGCUAGUUCUUCUGGACCAUCUCCAUUUAUCUGCAACUGACCACUGUACAUCAAAACUAAAUGAAUUCAUAAAGCUGU